AAAAUUGUCGGAGAGUUUGUCGCUUCGGGAAAUAGAUGGAGAAUUUACAGAGGAAAAAUUCGUUGGUAACUGGUAAAAAUCUGUUGGUAAUUUUUCGACAAAAAAAAAAUCCGUCGAUAAAUAAUUUUUGAGGAAGCUUUUACAGAAGGACAAAAUCUGUUGGUAAUUUCAUCGGUAACCAAAUCUGUCUGUAUUAAUCCAUUUUCUAGUUGUAAUAUUAUUCAAUUAUAAAAGUUUCAAUUUUUGUCUAUCAAUUCAUGAUUACAAUAUGUUAGUGGAGGUAUGUAGGGUCGCAAUGAUGGAAUGAAGGAAAGAGGAAAGUGGUUAUUUAAAUACCUGCAUGAAUCAUGUUAUUAUUCAAAUUAAAGCAGAUCCCUACCAUCAUAACCAAUUGUGUGCCAUGGCACUCCAUUAUUCAAAAUGGUGUUUCCCAACAUCUUUCAAAAAGCCUCAUUAUGUUGCAACAACAAAGGCACAUCUUUCUCAUGCUAACCAAUGGAACAUUCUUCAGCAAAACCCAAGAACUGUUUUUCAGGAUGAUAUAAGCGUUAAUCAUGCAGAGAAACUGAUGGAACUGAAGCAUGCACUACUUAGGAACAGUAGUAGUAGUAGUGAAAAUAAUAAUUCACUGCAAGGAAUGCAAAUGAUUGAUGCAAUGCAGCGUCUAAAUGUUGAUUAUCACUUUCAAGAGGAAAUUAAUUCAUUCUUACAGAGGCAAUAUGUCGUCAUAUCCAGCACUUUUGGUCAUGGGGGUGCCUUUGCCCACCAUCAUCUUCAUCACCUUGCUCUCUGCUUUCGUCUCUUCAGACAACAAGGUCACUUUGUACCUCCAGAGGUGUUUGAAAAGUUCAGAGACAAGGAAGGAAAAUUCAGGCAAGAACUAUUAGUAGGAGGAGGAGGAGACAUCGUGAAGGGAAUGAUGGAAUUGUAUGAAGCCUCACAAAUAAGCAUAAAAGGAGAAGACAUGGUAGAUGAAGCUGGUGAAUUCAGUUGCAAGUUCUUGAAGGAAAGAUUGGCUUACCUUGACAAUGAUGAUGAUGAAGCCAAGUUUGUGAGGAGCACUAUUGAAAACCCUUUCCACAAAAGCUUGCCAAUGUUCACUGCCAGAGAUUUCUUAAGAAACUUUCAUGGUGGCAUGAAUAGUAAUAAUAAUAAUGAUGAUGAAUGGUUUGGUUCCUUAAAAGCACUUGCAAAGAUGGAUUUCACUUUGUUGCAACGCUUACACCAGCAGGAAAUCAUUCAAAUCUCUAAAUGGUGGACAAAACUUGGUUUAGCCAACGAGUUACAGUAUGCAAGAAAUCAACCAUUGAAAUGGUACAUUUGGUCGUUGGCAUGCCUCUCAGAUCCUAAUUUCUCAGAAGAGAGGAUUGAUCUAACUAAAUCAAUCUCUUUCAUAUACAUAAUAGAUGACAUUUUCGAUGUGUAUGGGACUUUAGAUGAACUCACUCUUUUCACUGAUGCUGUUUCUAGAUGGGAUGUUACAGUUGCUGAUGAGUUACCAGAUUACAUGAGAAUAUGCUUUAGGGUCCUCUAUGAUCUUACUAAUGAAAUCAGCUUCAAGAUCUAUCAAAAACAUGGAUGGGACGCCAACAAUUUUCUUAGAAACGCAUGGAAGAGAUUGUGCAAAGCCUUCUUAGUUGAAGCAAAAUGGUUUGCUUCAGGGAAGAGUCCAAGUUCCGAAGAGUACUUGAAAAAUGGAAUAAUAAGCUCUGGGGUGCAUAUUGUGCUGGUUCACAUUUUCUUUAUGUUGGGUGAAGGAUUGAACAGUGAAAAUGUUAAAAUCAUAGACGGAAUCCCAGAUAUAAUUUCUUCUUCGGCAACUAUUCUUCGGCUUUGGGAUGAUUUGGGAAAUGCUGAGGAUGAGAAUCAAGAGGGGAAUGAUGGGUCAUACGUGGAUUGUUUAUUGAUGGAAGACAAAGGGUUGGCAAGGAAAGAAGCAAGAGAGGAAGUUAUGAAUAUGAUCAAUGAUGCAUGGAAGAGGCUCAACCAAGAGUGCUUCUUUGAGAGCACAUUCCCUAAGCCGUUCACUAAGGCCUCUCUCAAUCUUGCAAGGAUGGUUCCUUUGAUGUAUACUUAUGAUAACCACCACUCCCUUCCCAUGCUUGAGCCUCAAGUCAAGUCUUUGCUUUAUGACAAUUCUCUUUUUCUUUAAUCCAUAUAAUUCAACCAAAAUAUUUUAUUUUGUAUUAAGUUUAUUAUUUUACAUUCUUUAAUUACUACUAGAAUAAUUUGAUAUUCUUAGAUGUAUUAAGUAUGUAAUUAUAAAUUUUUGAGAAAAUUUCACUCCCCUUCCCUGCGA